AUGUGUUUCCUGUGCAGCCAUGGAAAAAAAGGGGGAUUCGAAAACACAGCCAUAGGAACGUGGUCCAAGGGAGUCAGCCUGAUCUUCUGCUCGUCCAUAUUUCUGCUGCAUUUCGUGAACGAAGAUGAGCUGAGCGUGCUGAACAAGGCAGCGGCGGACGGCGAAAAGAAAAUGAUAUACUACCUAAGCAUAUAUAACCUAAUAGGCGCAGUGACCUUGUCUGUUUUUUCCCUAUUGGGGCAUUUCAUUUAUAAGCCCCUUUUACGCCCCAUCUAUUUAUGCUCCUUUAUAGUGUCCCUAUUUUUAAUUGCCUCUGGAGUGUACACCACCUCGAUAAGCAAAAAUACGUCUUUGAAAAUUAUAGGAAUAAUGGACGCCUUGAAAUUCCACCCAGAUUAUAUGCUUCUAAACAAAAUAAAUAAUAUAAACGGUGAUGGCAAUACCAUUGUUAUCAAACCAGAAGACAGCAUAACCCUAUCUGCCGCUAGCCAAGAGGUGGCUGCCCUCCCAGAUACUUCCACAUUUGAUGCCUCGAAAAUUUUAGAAAUGAUAAAAGAUCGUCAGUCCUUUUUGGACACGAAAAAGGACAUCCUGUUGAAAAAAUUAACGAAGCAAGAUUUGAUGAAAAUGUUUACUAGCAUAAGGGAGUCAGACCCCAGUGCGCAAAAAAGCCUAGUGGAAAAUACACUACUAGAAUUGUAUGAGAAAAUAAAAAACGUCCGUCUGAACUUUGACCUUUAUGAUAAGUUUUACAAGUUCAUGGAAAAUAAUUCCGUCCCUUUUAUAUCUAGCUCGGAAAAGAUAAAAAAGUUUACAGAAAAAUUUCAGCAAAUUUUUGAUCAUUACAAUAAGUCCCUUUUUAAUAAUUUAAAAUAUGACUUGGUAAAACAUGAAAAUGAAAUUAUAAAAAUAUAUUCAGAUUCGAUGGAGAAGAUUAAAAGUGUCAGGGUUAAGAACCCUAGUGCUAAGCUGGAUGAUUAUAUUGACGAUUUGCAGAAAAGGAACAUCCUCAUCUUGGCGUCCUCCCUCUUGAUGAUGUCUUUCAUUUACAUUCACAAGGGGGCCACACUCACGUCCACCAGUUCCAUGGCGAUCACGUUGAUGUACGUCCCCUCGAUGUCCUACCUGAUCACCCUGGCGAGCAUCUUCGUCUGCAGCGGCAUCUUCUUCUUCUCCAUCAUAGGACUAGUGCUUUACGUCUUCAGCCUGAUCCUCAUCUUCUUCUUAAUAUUUUCCCAAUGCUUCUGCGAACGCAUAUUUAAGCUCUUCAUGGGGUUUAUUUUCACAGGGUUAUUUUUUUUUUGUUUUUUAAUCGGCUACAUUCUAAUCGAGGAUUUCAACGAAGGGUCCAAAGUUUACAAGGAGUACAAGCAGAAUGACUAUAACGAUUUCUACUGGGUCUUGUUGAACAAAAGGACUUACGAGCAUUUUAAAAGCUUUGUUUUGUUUUCUAAUGGCCAGAUGUUUUUAGUGUGCAUAGCAUUGUGUGCCUUCCUCACCACGUAUUCUCUUUAUUGUGUUUUCUACAUCUUUCGUUCUGUUUGUGCUCGAAAAGAGCAGCUCCCCAUUCAUUUGUAG